AUGCUCGAAAUUGAAAAAAUAAUAAAUAAAUUGCAUAAAUCAAGCCUGGAAUCAAACUUAGAAGAAUACAAUCUACUAAUAGAAAUGUCUGACAGUUACAAACACAAAGUUAAAAUAUUUAAACUAAUUAGUCAAAAUUCUAAUGAUCACUCUUUAUCUUUUCCUUUAUAUUUCCAACUUAUUACAAAACUAAAAAAUAAUUACGAAGAUGAGCUUGUUAUUCAAUUAUGCGAAUAUUUUAAAAAUUUAAAAUCUACGCAUGAAUACGAUUGGAUAGCAAAAAUAAUUUUUCUAAUUUUAGAAUUUACAAAAGAUAGAAAAAAGAAUAAUGAGAUAAAAUUACUAAUUUUAGAAAUUAUAAAAAUGUGUGCAUCACAUAUUAACAUUAUAAAUUAUAUUUACAACUUUUUACUAAAUGAAGGAUCAUCAGAAAUUGUUUAUGCAAUUUUGGUUUUUAUACCAGAAAUUAGUGAUGAAUUUGUGAGGAUGGCUAUUCAGCAGACAAAUCAAAUUAUUUUAAAAAAUUGCUCUCUGGUUUUAGUAAGUCUAUGUCAAACACAAAGAAAUUUAUUUAUUAAUUUUAAACAUUUUGAUGUAUUUCUUGAUUCGGAACAUUAUUUUUUGAGAAAUUGUUACCUUGAAAUUAUUUUUAAUUUAGUAGAAAUUUAUAAAGAAAUUGAAGAUAUAGAAGGAAUAAAUAAUAUUAUAUUUUUAAUAAAAGAAAGACUGCAUGAUGUAUAUUUUAAUGUUAGAUAUAAAGCAUUAACAUUAUUGGGACAGCUAUUUGAAAAUAACUGUGUGCCCUUAGACAUUCGUAAUUCAAUAAUAAAAAGUAUUGGAGAUAGAAUUUUGGAUAAAACAGUUUUAGUUAGAAAAAAAGCUGUUAUGAUUUGUAAUAACCUAUUAAUUAAUAAUCCAUUUAUCUCUGAAUUUAAUUUAUCAAAAAAAGAAAGUGUAGAUCCAGAAAAAAUAAAAUAUUAUGAGGACCUUAAUGAAUUUCAUGAUGUCAUAAAAUCUAUUUUAGAAAAAGUUAUGACUUUAUUAAAUUCUGGAUCUAUUGGUGAUAAUCAGGUUUUUUUAGAUUUUAUAAAAUUAUGUUUAUAUUAUGAAAUAGAAGGUUCAAAAGAUUACUUUGAGCAAACAUUUGAUCUUGUAUGGGAAACAGAUUCAAUUAUUUCUUGUUUUAAGGAUAUUUUAAUAAGAUUGAAAGCUAGAAAAAUUUCUAUUAUUUCUUUUUUAAAGAAAUUUGUGAAUCAACAGAGAAAUAAGUCAUUUGAAAAAAUAAUAAGAGAAUUGUAUAAAAAAGGGAUUAUUAAUAUUUAUGAAGAUUUAUUUACUGAUAUUUUUAGAAAUAAGGAUUUAUAUGAAACAUCUUUUUUACUGUCCUGUUUGGGUAAAUAUUUAGAUAAUUCUAAAUUUUAUGAAUUAUUAGUUCACACUACUGAUAUUUUAUUUAGUAUUUCUACUACUGAAGAUUUACACCAUGCACUAAACAUUUAUAUAAAUAUUCUUAAGUUAAGAAUUAAGCAUAAAGAAUCAGAAGAUUCUAAAAUAAUAGCACUGAUAGUUAAAAAUAUAGUUAAAAUGACAUUUUUAGAUUUUCAAGUUAUACAAGAUUCUAUAUCAUUAAUUUACAGAAUUUCUAAAGAGCCAGAAAUUCCUAUUAAAAAUUUAAUUAAAUCGAUGAACAAUAAAAACCUGAAUUUAUUAAAAAUGAUUUAUUGUGUUGGAUGCAUUGGAUUGAAUCAUCUUAAACAUUUAGAUCUUUUAGAAAAGAUUUCUAAAAGUAAAAAAGAAAAAAUAACAGUAAUUGUUCCUGAAGAUAUAAAAGAAAGAAGAAAAAGUAUAAAUGCAUCUAGAAUGAGUUUACAGUCCUUUAUUGAAGAGGAUGAUGAUAGAAAUAAAUCUAAAAUAAAAAAAGAGUCACUAGAUACUAAAAAUUUAGAUGAUAAAACAGAAGAAGAAAUUUCUGAUUUCUUCUUCUAUCUAAAAGAAAAGGAUAUUUUUUAUAACAAAGAUGGUCUUCUUUACGACUUUGCUAAAAUUAUUCCCGAAUUUUGUACAUCUGAAGAUAAAGACCUACAAGAAGUAGCUUAUUUAGCACUUUUUAAUUUGAUGUGUGUAAGUUCUGAAUAUUUUUUAGAACAUAAAAAUUUAUUUAUUAAUGCAUUUACAAAUGACAAUGUAAAAAUUCGAGCGAAUGCUAUAAUUUCAAUGGGUGAUUUUUUAUUGUUUUAUAAUUCACUCGUAGAAAAUAAUGCGAAGCUUUUAUUUAAUGGACUUACAGAUCAAGAAAUUUUAGUAAGAAAGAAUGCACUACUUACAAUAUACAGUCUUUUAAAAAGAAAUAUAAUAAGAUUAGGAAGUAAUUCUAUUUAUUUGACUAAUUUAGUAUUUGAUGAUAAUGAAGAAAUUAAAAAUAUUAGUAGAAAUAUAAUUUAUGGAUUAUCUGAGAAUGAAAAUUAUAUAACUACAAUUGUAUAUGAAAAAUUAAGUCAUAGCGAUGUGGAUUAUACAAAAUAUAUUGAAUUUUUUAUUCCAUUACUUAAAGAUAAAAGUAAAGAGACGAUUUUUUUAAAAUUAUUACGUACUGCAGUUAAUAAGGAAGUUUUAAAAUUUAUGUUUAACAAGUUUAAUUUUGUAGAUAAAUUUCUUGAAGAUAUUAAACAUAUUGAAGAAUUUAAAAAAUUGGAAAUUAAAAUAUAA